AUGUCCUCUGGGGCCAGCUCGGCCCAUAGCGGGGAGAAGGGCCGCCAUUCGACUCACCGCAAUCGCCAUCAGAUUCGGGAGUGGAAUAGGCAAGUGGCUGCCCGGGCUAAUGCUGAACUGCGUAAUGAGAAGUUAAGGACUCUGGAUAAGGACGCCCUUAAUAAGCUGGGUACUCUCCGAAAUGCCAGCACGAUACAAGCUACCCUAGCGGUAGACUAUCAAUUUAAUGUGGAUACACCUGUCCCGGACACCAGCCUCAAGAUGGUACCGAUGGAGCACCCUGCGGGCCCUGGACCCCGUGUCGUUGAUUGUAGACGAGGCUGCCAGGCUGGGCUUCAUCGAUCUCAUCGACCCUACUAUGUAGGCUGGGUGCAAGCUGUUAUCGGGCUCGGACCGGGCUAA